AUGAAGCUAAUCAGACCAGCACAAGUGGCCAGGUUUUCAACCUCUGUUUUGCGGGCCAAGCCGCAGCUCGAGGUCGACCGUCCUGUGCUUUCCGAACUGCCCCUGUCGAACUCUUUGGACUACGCUUUUACCUCUUUCGACAAGCUCAAAAAUUGGGCAAGAAAAAGCUCCUUCUGGCCAGCAACUUUCGGCCUGGCCUGCUGUGCCGUCGAGAUGAUGCACGUUUCCGCGCCACGGUACGACCAGGAUCGUCUGGGAAUCAUUUUUCGUGCGUCUCCACGGCAAUCGGACGUGAUGAUUGUGGCCGGCACCGUGACAAACAAGAUGGCGCCGGCUCUUCGCCAGGUGUACGACCAGAUGCCGUACCCAAGAUGGGUGAUUUCUAUGGGCAGCUGUGCGAACGGCGGCGGCUACUACCAUUACAGCUACAGCGUGGUGAGAGGUGUGGACCGCAUAGUGCCUGUCGACAUCUACGUGCCGGGGUGUCCUCCGUCGUCGGAGGCUCUGAUGUACGGCAUUUUCCGGCUGCAGAAGAAGAUCAUGGCCCACCAGACACACCGCAUGUGGUACCGGGCGUACUAG